AGGCCCGCGCAUGCGCACAGCUUCCCUGCCGAUGGAGCCGGUGCCCAGCGCUCCUAAGCUCAGCGCUCUCUGGUGACCUAAGGGACUCAACAGUCGGCGAUGUCCGAGCUGCCGGGAGAGAGCAGGGUCCCCAACCUGAGCCCCAUGAAUGGCAUCGGCGACGUCCUGCAGGGGGGAGUGGGCGGAGGCAGUUGGAUCCCCGAGGCCCAGGAAGGCCCGCUGGCCGGAGCCGCCCGGCCCGUGGUGCGAGCCCCGGGCCCGUUCCCCAGGCGACUCCCGGGCAUGGCGGGCCUGAUGGCCAUGCCGCACGUCCACCCGCCGCUCCGCCUUCUAGAGCUGCACGAGCAGCGGAUGUUCCAACACUACCUGCACACCAACCCCCUGAUCCCCACCAGGCUGCUCCGCGACAUCGAGGAGCGCCGCCGGCUGUUCGUGGAGGGCUGCAAGGCCAGGGAGGCGGCCUUCGACGCCAACCCCCCGCAGAUGGACUCGGACGCCCGCGCCUUCACGCUGGCGCUCACCGCCUCCGACGCCAGCGGCCCCACCGCCGACUGAGUGGUGGCCGCCGCCAGUAACCCCAGCCCUCAGGAGGGAGGAGGCUGGAGGAUCGGAAUUCAAGGUCAUCCUCGGCUAUGUAGCGAGUUGGAGGCCAGCCAGGGCAACAAGAGACUCUGUCUUUAAAAAAUAAAAAUAAAGAUUGGUGGCCAGGAAGUCAGGUGACUCUUAGGAUCAAAGGCAAAGGCAGAAGUCUGGGCAGAUGUCAUGAGGUGGGAAAUCCAAGCAGAGUACAGCCAUGGGCAGGGUGGAAUGAAGCAGGACCAGAAUGAGGUCGACACUCAGGCUUGAAGCUGGCUGGCAAAGAGGACCCUUCUGAUCUUUUUUCCCUCCCGGCAUUUGUGGAAAUUCAAGGUUGCUUCACCACUGUAAAGGACGAUGGUUUUGCAAAGAUGAAGUCUGAGAAUUACCAAUGGGGAAAAAAUAGAAAUCGACCGAGAUACAGGGAGAAACCGGGGAGACUGGUCCUUAGAUACAGUUGGUCCUGGGUUUUCCUGGCGUCAGAAGGCUGUUGAGACAACUUGGACAUUUCAGAACUGAGGGGCUAUCUCAUUGUCAGCUGAGAAGCUCAAUGUGCCGUUAAUUCUUGUGUUGGAUGUUCUGUAGACAAGCUGUAAAUAUUCAGAUAGGGAAAAUAUGUAUGUGUUUGUGAGAUGAGUAUUUCCCAAGACCAUGUGUAAUUGUAUCCAUAUCGUAAUAGAUUUAAUAUUUAAAUGAUAGGUGAGGUGUACAGUCACAAGACUCAAAAGCAGCAAAAGAUGCUAUGGGAAGUUAAACUUUUCUCUUUGCCAAACUGAAAACUGUCUGAGCAAGCUUCCAUAGCGAUUUGGGUUGGGGUGGGGAGGCUGAUUGUUUUCUGUAGGGUUUUCAAAACCGGUUUUUUGUUUGUUUGUUUUUGUUUUGUUUUGUUUUUAAAGCUGAGGAUCGAACCCAGGGCCUUGCGCUUGCUAGGUAAGCGCUCUACCACUGAGCUAAAUCCCCAACCUCAAAACCGUUUUCUAAUGCCUAUGAGUCGAGCCCAGUCUAGUUCUCCCCCAAUCCUGGGUGCUAACAAUGGAACCCAGAGCCUUACACAUGCUACCCCUGCUCUACAGCGACGUUCCCAGUCCUUUUGAAUCAAGAUAGGGCUGGCGACGUGGCUCAGUGGUUAGAGGUGUUUGCUGCUGAGCCUUAUUACUGAAUUUGAUCCCGGGACCCGCGUGGUGGAAGGAGAACCCACUCCUGUUUCUUCUGACUACCAUUCAUGUGCACACACAUGCAAUGUUAAAAAAAAAUCUUGAUAGUAGGUACCUGUAUCAACAUCUUGGGUUUUUAUAUUUUCAAUAAUAUUGGAAGUAAUUCUCUAUUUUUUUUUUAUGACUACUAUUUAAGGCUGUACCAACAUGUGUAAUGAACUAGUUGUCUUCUGGA